AUGAAGGAAGUGGAGCUAUGUGGCAGUGAACGUCGAGAUGAAUAAGAAUUUCAUGAUCGGAUGAAUAUAAUGGAAGCUUGUGGAUUGGGAAUUUUAUGUUGCUUGAGGCGAUAUCAUCAACCCAGGAAUUCACAGCCCAGAGAGCUUCCUCAAGUGCAGCUAGACACAGGGCAUAUGGGAAAUGAGGUCGUCAUUGUGAAAUCCGGUAAAAGAAUAUGCGGCUCUGGGGCAGCUUUAGCGAAUGCGGCGAUCCUUCAAAAUAAAUGCUACUUUGAGAUGAAAAUACAAUCUGGAGGUGCAUGGGGUGUUGGACUUGCAACCAAAAGAUGUGAUUUAAACAAGAUACCAUUAGGAAAUAAUUCAGAAAGUUGGGUCCUUAGGUCUGAUGGCACUGUAGCUCACAAUGGAACUGUAAGACACAGACUGAGAGAAAUACCAGAAGAAGGAGACAUGAUUGCCUGUACCUAUGACCAUGUAGAGCUUAAUUUCUAUCACAAUGGAAAACAUUUGCACUGUCCUAUAACGGGUAUGAAAGGAACAGUAUACCCAGUAUUUUAUGUUGACGAUGGUUCAAUCCUUGAUGUUAGUUUCAGUGAAUUUGUUUACCAUGCUCCAGAGGGAUUUCAGAAGAUUAUGUUUGAGAAAAAUCUUCUAUGACCCAUUGCUAAAUGGGUUGCAUUAGAAUUGUACCUAAAAUAAUCAAUUAUCUCAUCACAAAAUAUUGUUGUGGUUUGAAAUGUUUCAAGUCAAAAUGACUUUAAACUAGGUUCAUUCAUAUUUUCUAUUGUUCCAAGUAGAUUACUAUAAUAUUAUUAUUCAAUAAAGAAAGAAACAAAUAAACCUAGUUUGAAUUCAUUUUAACCUGAAUUUCAAUCCAACCUAUAAUAUCAUAAAACUUUGUUCAGUGUGAUGAAUGAUUUCAAUGCUCCAGUACAAAAUUCUAGUAUCUUGUAGAGUUUAAUUGAAUUAGAAGGUUAUGUCACAGGAUAUGAAUUUCUAAUAAUAACUAGAAAGUAAAAUCCAUGGAAAAAGGAAGACUUAACAUUGAUGAUUUAUAACAUAGAGCUGGUUAUUUAUACAAGGUCUAACCCAAACCAUGGUUUUACACAAUCAGUGUGCCAUAGGCUUUCCCUAGAAUAGGAGAGGGUUGAUUUCAUUUUAAAAGAAAUGUCCUUCAAUUGUUAACAUUUGGCUCUCUUGACACUGUUCACAAAAUAAAUGUUCAGAUAAAGGUCCAGCUAAAUUGAGGAUUGUUUAGGACACAGUGUUGUUGAAGAACAGCUGAGCUUUGUUUAAAUAACCAGCCAAUGCAGUUUUCUUGAAGCCAAUAUUCUUUGUUAGUAUUUUGUUUUACUAUUAUGAAGUUUAAUUGAUGAUAUCUGACAAGUUAUAUAACAAAUCUGACCAAUUCUAUACAGACCAGGCAUGUAAUUCAUGUCUCAAUUUUUUACCAUACAAUAACAAGCAAUAUAUUCAGACAGAUAAAGAUUUCAAAAGAUGUUCACUACUUAAGUGAGAAAAUGUAUAGCAGUGUGUAGAGUUGAGAGAGUAGUUAUGAGUCUAAAAGAAUGAAAUAACAGGAAGGUAUAUAAUUAAUUUUUUUCUCUUCUUCCGCCAAUAUUGAAAUUUUAACUCCUCAGAAUGGGAUAUUUUUCUUAUAGUCACAUAGUCACAUAGCCAGAAUGUAAUUCAGUUUCUUCUUGUUUUUUAUCAAAUUGAUAUGUGUGGACCAAUAUUCUAACCAAGCUUUUUUCCUAUGCUUCUGAGUAUUCAAAGGUAUAUAGAGUUUUUCUAACAUACAAUAUUAUAUAGGGUGCCUAACUAAGGGCAUCUUGUAAUCUCUGAAUUAUUUUUUUUGCCAUCUGAAGCACUUUGUAUAAUCAUUGUCAACCAUUUUAACCCUUUAACUCCCAAGAUCUUAUUAGUAAUUCUCCUAACUGUCUGCCAUAUGGUUCUUUUUAUGUUAGUUUGGAGAAUUUGGCAUUGGAUCACUUUAUAAUCCCCU